CGCUCCAGUCGUUCUCGGUCGAUCUCACAUUCCAUUCCAAAAUGCCUGCUCCUACGGCGCUGCGGCGCACCGAAGACGAACCCGUCAUUGAUUUCAACACCGGCGUCCCCCAGGCCGCACCUGCCGCCAACGACGACGAUGAAGUCCUCGUCGACAUGGACUCCGCUCCUCCUGCCCCCAUCCACCUCACCGCGGACUCGCAACCACAAAAUCUCGUGCACAUCCAGACCCGCAAGGUGCCCAUUCCGCCGCACCGAUUCACGCCCAUCAAGGCCGAGUGGCCCAAGAUCUACCCUCCUCUCUGCGACCACCUGAAGCUGCAGGUCCGGAUGAACAUCAAGAACAAGUCGGUGGAGAUGCGCAGCUCGAAGUUCACGACGGACUCGGGGGCGCUGCAGAAGGGCGAGGAUUUCGUGCGGGCGCUGGCAUACGGGUUCGACGUGGAGGACGCCAUCGCGCUGCUGCGGCUGGACGACCUCUUCAUCGAGACGUUCGAGAUCAAGGACGUCAAGAUGAGUUUGCAGGGAGACCAUCUGGCCCGUGCGAUCGGUCGUAUUGCCGGAAAGGACGGCAAGAUGCGCUACUCGAUUGAGAAUGCGUCGCGGACGCGCAUCGUCCUGGCCGGCCAGAAGGUGCACAUUCUGGGCGGGUUCCAGAAUAUUCGCAUGGCCCGGGAGGCCGUCGUCAGUUUGGUGCUGGGUUCGCCGCCCGGGAAGGUGUAUGGCAAUCUGCGGACGAUUGCGUCCCGGCGGAAGAUGAUGAUGUGAACGAUGAGCUGGUUGAUUUAUGUCGAUUUGGACGGCAGGCAUGGAGGCUAAUGAUUUUCCUUGAGUUUUCCUUUUUAUUUUCUUAACGAACGCUUCGGUCAUGGGAUUUGAAUGUUUUCCAACCAAAAAUUACCAGUGCUUGUUGAUAGAUUACCUUUAUCCCUCAUAUCUUAAGUGGCGCAUACAUGGUCUGAUCGGAAUUUACUACUUUAC